UUUCGAAUUCUACGGGUUCAGGAUUUUCAUUACUUCCAGACAAAUUUAAUUAAGAAUGAACGGCGCAGCGCUAGUCUUCCUGUUACUCGCAAGCCAAACAUGGUCUCUAUGUCCAACAAAAUGCACUUGCUACCUGGACCAAAAGGGUAGGAAGGCCGUCUCGUGCAAAGAAGGAGGAACCGUUGGUUCUUUGAAUCUAGACAAUGUUACCCUUGACACCGAAGUCAUCAAGAUCACAGCUCCCGAUGACAACACUAACUCGCUCACAAUGAGCCCAGUCUUCCAGAACUACAAGAUGUUGGAGGAAAUUCAUAUCACUAAAUCCAACAUACCACAACUAGGCAUGCAUUUCUUCUGGGGUCUAACGAAACUCGACGUACUGAAUCUUUCCCAGAACAACAUAACCCAACCUUUGGACCACAACUUCCGGGGUUUGUCCAAGUUGAAAGAGUUAUAUUUGGACGACAAUAGAAUAAGUUCGCUCCCAAGCGGGACCUUUCGACAUUUGCAUUCUUUGAAGUUACUUUCCAUUCAGCGGAAUAGAAUUGAGGAACUGACACCCCGAAUUUUCAUGGAGAUAAGUAAACUCAAAGUGCUCAAGUUGAGCGGGAACAAUCUGCGGGAGCUGCACCCGGAAGUUUUUAAAGACGUACAGGAGCUGAAAGUACUGGAAUGCCGAGGAUGUGCCUUACGCAGACUGAACAACGAAAUAUAUCACUUGUUACCCCAACUGAUCCAUCUCGACUUAGGAGACAAUGAAAUAAAAACUCUACCAGCGGAACAGCUAACAGAUUUGAUCAACCUCAAACAUUUCAAACUGGACGGUAACCAUAUCACUAUUAUACACGACUCGACCUUCAUCCACCAACCAAUGCUGAAAAAAUUGAAUCUGGCAAGAAACCAUAUCACGAAGAUUUCCCAAGAAACCUUCCGGGAUGUUCAGAAUCUGACAGAUUUGGAUCUGAGCUAUAACAAAUUGGAGGAGCUGAGUUUUUUGGCGCCGGUUUCGGACCUACUGGAAGUGUUGAUCUUGAGCGGUAACCAUUUCAAGUUGAAGACUCUCGAUGAGCUUCUGACCCUUACGGCGUUACGGGAGGUGAGGCUCUCGGAUUGUGGCUUGGCAGAUAUACCCUUCGGAAUAUUUCCUUCAAGUCUGAGAUCGUUGGAUCUGAGCGGAAAUCAUUUGUCAGCGCUAGCAAAAGCUGUUUUACCAACAGACCUGAAUGAGCUGGAUUUGUCCAAUAAUCGCUUCAGAGGUUUAGACGAAGAUCUCUUGACAUUGAUUGAUAGCACCCCGAAUGUGCAACUGGACAAUAACUUGUGGUCCUGUGACUUGUGCCAUAUUGUUCCCCUGCUAGAGCGGGUCAACCGUAGUGUGCUUUUCAGUGAAAUAAUUUGUGCUGCGCCGUACACGGUCAAAGGAAAAAAGCUGGGGACGAUUCAAAGAAACGAAUUGACGUGGUGCACUUCCCCCGGGUACACAGCUAGUGACGCAAAUUUCUUUCUGAUCGGGGAAGAUGGAAAGGUUGGGAUAAUCGCGGCGGGAACAUCCGUUUUCCUCCUAGUUCUCACCGUCCUCGCGAUAAUUGGGGCGCUGUGCUACUCCAAACGUCACGCUGCCAAAUAUUACACCCACGAGGAUAAGAUUGCUGUGGAGGGGGAAUCGAUAUUCGAUAAUAACCACAGUCCUUUGUUUUGCGACGGAGAGCUGAGCUUCAAGUUUCCUCUCGACGCUGGCGAGAAGAAAAUUUCCAUAGCCACCAUUGAUGAGAUUAAAAAAGAGCACACAAUCACCAACGGGACUUGAACGGGUUUCGGGAAAUCGAAUUGAUGAGAAACGAACGAUAUUGACAGUGUGGCGUCGGGGGACGUUUCCAAACGUUCUCCGUCGGACAUUUGUUUCAAUUCCGUGUUUUGGAGCUGGUGAAUCCGCCGGGAUUUUCAGCACCAGGAAUGAGUUUGCGAAUGUUUCGAUGUAAAGUCAUAUCUGUGAACGUGUGGUAUUAGAUUUUGCUAUUAAUUUAUUGUCGAUACUCAGAUAGAUCGUAGUAUAGGCGAGAAAUAGGUUCAUUCAAUUUGCCUGUGGAUAUGGGCAUCUCUUCAGAAUGUUUACACAUCGAUGACACUAUUUUUGUUCAAGUUUGAAGGCCGUCGAGUUUUGGAAUUUUUUUCUGACGUUUGAUUGUCAAUAACAUUCGUUGACCCUUUCCUACCUGCCAAUUUCAUAUUUGGUUGAGGUUUUCAGCUUCUUCUUUUCUGUUGAAAUCAUUCGUGUGCUUGUGUAUCUCUAUUGCCUCCCGUACUAGUCGGCAAUGGUAUCUCUGGUUGGAAGCAAUAAAUUCCAUGUAUCCAAAGUCCUGUAGUUCUUUUCACUAAGUGCGUGUUCCACCACAGCCGACUUGUCUUUUUGGCCUAGUUUGCUGUUUCUUUCAUGCUCCUUCAGCCUUGUUCCCAUCAAACCCUCAUCCUAGGCAAAGGAGAGGAGUCAUCUCUACACCCACUGAACAGGCUCUAAAAAUUUGUGAACUAGAACAUCUAGAAGAACAACAAGAACAUCUUUAAGUGGCUUUGAGAUCGAAUAGAUACAGUGUAUCCAUGAAACUGAAGAGUUCUCCGAUUCAAAAUGUGGAGAAGUCUCAAAUGGUUGCACGUUCAUAUAUCUCGUAUAGCUCUAAAGUCAUAGACAUAAUUGGAAAAUUCCUGGGGAAAAACAACAUUGAAAUGGUUUCCAAAACCACUAGGAAGCCACAACAUAGCCUCAAGUUGACUGAAGGCAAAAAAACCACUAUCAUCAGCAGGAAGGAAACCACAGAAUUCUAUUUGAAAACGCGAAACAAUGCCCCCAACCAGGGAUACCAGAGUCGACUGGUAAGGGAGGCGAUAGAGAUCCAAAAACACACGGAUAAUCUCAAUAAAAAAGAGAAAGUUGUCAGCUUUAUGGAUUAGUUGGCAUUCAUAUGAAUAUAUAUCGAUCUUUUGAAAAUACUUUUUCCAGACCAGAACAAGAGCAGUGCCUAUAGACGCUCUUUUCUGUUACCAGUUGAUGAUGGUUUUAGUAAUCUUUUGAUGAUUCCAACUCUGUUAACGAAAUGCCCUUUGAAAGACGUAUACAGUUACAUAUUGACCAUAUUUUGGAAUUUCCAAUAUAUUUUUUAUAUUCAAUAGGUCCUUUGGAAGCUGCUAAAUUUUUCCUGCUUUUGGCAAGUUUUACAAAAAGCAACUUUCAAUUUAUUAUAUCCUCGAUUAUAUUCAUGAAACUGUCAUGGUAUCAAACUGAAUCGUUAGUUUUGAAAGUCGUGCAUUUUCCGGAAAGAUACAUUUCAGAGAAAGCAAGGUUUUGGCUUUUUACCUCCAUCGUCAUUGGAAGUUUUCGAAAUUGAUAGUUUUCUUUCUUUCUUUCGAAAGAUUACAACAUUUUUACGUAAAGAGAUGAAAAAGUAAACUGUCAAAACCAUUAUUUUUCAUGAAUUGUUAGUGUUAGCUGGAAAUGCUACUGAAUGAAUUUGUUUCUUCUCAUUGAAGUAGUGCAUAUGAUGAAAAGGGAUGAUUUUGUAUAUUUUUUAAGAUGAUAUUCGAUUGUUGUUAGGAAACAUUGGGUCUGAAUGGUACCAAGAUUACUUAAAAUAAGGUACUAAUUUCGUAUUAGUUAUUGUGUGAUGUAAUAUUUAAGGUUUAUAUUUUUUCAGAUGAACUCUACACUUAAGAUUAUAAUAGUUAUAAUGCUAGUAUUACUAUGAAUAUUUAUGGACUAUACAAAUAAAUAUAUAAUUGUACAAAAUAUGUUGAAUAAAAAAUAUUGUUUUUAA